AUGCAAAUUCCAAAGGAAUAUGUGUCUACUGCUGAGGAUAUUGCUGAUCAGGUGGUCCGUAAAGGCAAGAAUGUGUUGCCCACGGUAGCCCGCUUGUGCCUCAUCUCCACAUUCCUCGAGGAUGGUCUCCGCAUGUGGUUCCAGUGGUCAGAGCAGCGCGACUACAUGGACAUGUCUUGGGGCUGCGGCAAGAUCCUCGCCACAAUGUUUGUUAUAGUAAACUUAGUUGGACAGCUGGGCGGCUGUGUGAUGGUGCUGGGCAGGCUCAAGGUGGACAUUGCGUGUGGAGUACUAUUCUUCAUUGUUGUACUACAGACAUUCGCCUACAGUAUAUUAUGGGACAUGCAAUUCUUGCUCCGUAACUUGGCCCUCAUUGGAGCCCUACUGCUAGUGGUGGCAGAGGCCCGUGCUGAAGGCCGAAGCCUCUUCGCCGGAGUGCCGUCACUCGGAGAGAACAAGCCGAAGACCUAUUUGCAGCUCGCUGGCAGAAUACUCCUAGCAUUCAUGUUCAUCACGCUGUUGAGAUUCGAGAUUUCAUUCUUACAGAUCGUGCAAGACCUGCUGGGCAGUAUCCUGAUGAUCUUGGUGACGGUGGGCUACCGUACCAAGCUGUCUGCUCUGAUGCUGGUGGUGGUGCUCUCCGUGCUCAACCUGUACCACAACGCGUGGUGGACAGUACCCUCGUACAAGCCUCUCAGGGAUUUCCUCAAAUAUGACUUCUUCCAGACCUUAUCUGUGAUCGGCGGUCUCCUUAUGAUCGUGUACUUGGGCCCGGGCGGUGUCAGUAUGGACGAACACAAGAAGAAGUGGUAG